AUGUGGUCAGAGGAGCUAAAGGAGGCCCGCGUGUCCGUGCCACUCUUAGACAACAAAGUGACAGUGAACCGGCCUCUCAGCCUCACGGAACAGCAAUUACCUCCAUCUCUGGGCCGGCAGGGAAACUACCAGGCCCCCAGCAUCAGCCAAGCCGUCCCCUGCAAUCAGCCAACGGGCAUCAACAGCUCAGCCACAAGCAACGCUCAAGGACCCGGAUACAACAUGCCACCCUCAGGGGCCAUUGGACUGUCAGGAGAUGGCAUAAUGAGCCCAGAUGGUAAAGCAAAAAUGGAGGUCAAGGAAGAUAGCGGGCAGAACAGUGAGCCCCACAAGCCAAAGCUCCAGGACGGCUACAUGAACAAUAACAGCAGCAGUGUGUCCCAGCCGGCCACUCCGGGCGGGGUGUUGCCGGUGCCCUCCCCCCUCUCCCCCAGCCCGGCCAGCCUGUCCUCCUACCACGGCGACGACAGCGACAGCAUCAGCAGCCCUCCUUGGCCUCUCAAGCCUCCCUCCAGCCCAAAAGCCAACCCCCCCCCCUCGGCCCUCAGCGGGGAGCGGAUAGCCCGGCUGUAUGAGCUGGGGGCAGAGCCGGACAGACGAGCCUGGGUGGAGCGAUACCUGACCUUCAUGGAGGACCGGGGCACACCUGUUGCUCAGCUUCCGGCCGUCGGCAAGAAGCCGCUGGACCUGUGGAAGCUCUACAUGGCCGUCCGGGAGAUAGGAGGCCUGGCCAUGGUAAACAAGAACAAGAAGUGGCGCGAGCUGUCCUCCAGCCUCAACGUCGGCUCGUCCAGCAGCUCGGCCAGUGCGCUGAAGAAGCAGUACAUCCAGUACCUGUUCGCCUACGAGUGUAAGAUGGAGCGGGGCGAGGAGCCGCCGGCCGACAGCAACAGUGGCAGCAGCACCGCUGGGGGGGACAGCAGAAAGCAGGUCAAGAUCCAGCCUCCAUCACCCGCUAAUUCAGGCGGCUCUCUCCAAGGCCCGCAGACCCCUCAGUCGUCCGGCAGUAGCUCGGCAGCCGAGGCAGCAGGUGACCUGAAACCCCCCACACCCGCCACCACCCCGCUGGGACAGGCCACGCCACUGCCCCCCAACAGGAGCAGCGUGAGUGUACAGGACCCCUUCUCGGAGGUGAACGACCCAGCCUUUCAAAAGCGGGCCACCCCCCUGCCCCCCUCAGCUUCUUACCAGCAGGGCCUCAGCAUGCCUGACAUGAUGAUGAGGAUGCAGUACGACGCAAAGGACCCUUUUGCCGGGAUGAGGAAGAUGGCCGGAGCUGAUCCAUAUAUCCCUAGCCAGAUGCCCAGCGCUAGCAUGCAGGAGAUGUAUGGUCGGCCCCCGUCUUCUCUGAGCAUGAACCAAAGGUCCCAGUAUCCGUACGGGCCAGGUUACGACAGGAGACCGGAGCACAUGAUGGGGAUGGAGGGGUCUAUGGGCCCCCCAGGGAGUCAGAACAACUUGGGACCUCCCAACAGUGAAGGCAGCAUGUACUCCCCCAGUCGAUACCCUUCUCAGCAGAGACACGAGGGCUACAGCCAGCAGUAUCCCAGCAUGCCGUACGGGAUGCACCCGUCUGGGAUGUAUCCACAGCAUCAGGGCUACAAACGGCCAAUGGAUGGAAUAUAUGGCCCUCCCCCCAAAAGACAUGAGAGCGACAUGUACGCCAUGCAGUACACCAACCAGCAAUCGGACCUGUACAACCACUAUGGGGGGGGUUACUCGGGCCCUGAGCACAGACCCCUCCAGGGACAGUUCCCGUACCCUUACCACCGCGAUCGGAUGGCUCCUUCCGGCCAAAGCCAGCACAGCAUGAUGGGAGGGGGCCCCACCCCCAACCACACGGCCGACGGGCCCAACAUGUGGCCUUCCAGAACGGACCUCAGCUACCCCUACCCCAACAGACAGGGCCCGCCGUCGCAGAUGCCCCCGUACGGCUCCAUCUGCAGAGACGAGCUGGACGGCCGGCCCGGUCAGGAGCAGUGGCACCGGCAGUCUCCGUACAUGUCAUCGCUGUGCGGCAUCCCGCCCAUGUCGUCACGCCAACCGUCAUCUUACUCCGGCUCCCCGUCCAUGUCCAACCACUUGCCCAGCGCGCCCAGCCCGGGGGCCUUCCAGCGCUCCAUGGACUCUCGAAUGUCCCCCAGCAAGGCGCCGUUCAUGUCUCCCAUGAAGAUGCUCAAGCCCGGACUGGCCAUGAUGGGCUCACAGAGCACUGGGCUCAUGGGUCAGUUCCCCCCGAACCUCAGGAGGGACCUGAACUACCCGCCGGGGUCAGUGGAGGCCACCAUGCCGCUUCUCAAGCCUCGACGCAAGCUCACCUCUAAGGACAGCGGAAUGCCUGAGGCCUGGCGCGUGAUGAUGUCUCUGAAGUCUGGCCUACUGGCGGAGAGCACGUGGGCUUUAGACACCAUCAACAUCCUGCUGUACGAUGACAGCACUGUGGCUUCCUUUAACCUGUCCCAGCUGCCGGGGUUCCUGGAGCUCAUCGUGGAGUACUUCCGCCGCUGCCUGAUUGAGAUUUUCGGCAUCCUGGAGGAGUUUGAGAUGGGAACCAUGGCUCAAAAAACCCUCGCGCAUCCCGAUUCCACCCUCAAAGAAGGGCCGGCUCCAGACCAGGAAACGCAGCCGGCCGCUCCAGCUGGACCUGAAUCCUCCCUGCCGGCGGAGACACCGGUGGAGCAAACAGGAAGCGCCAAGGAGGAAUCUCCAUCUGUCCCUGCGGAGCCCGGAGAGGAGCACAAAUCGAAGGAAGAUUCCGAGGGCCGCACGAAAGAGGACAUUAACGACGGAGAAAAAGAAGGGGAGGUGGAGAAGGGCAAAGAAAGCAAAAAGGAGGGUGUAAACCAGCCCCCUGCAGAGUUAGAACCUAAGCCCAAACAAGCCAGCAAGUACGAUAAACUCCCCAUCAAGAUAGUGCCCAAAGAGGAGCUGGUUGAAGACUUGACCGAGCGCUUGGGUUACGUCACCGAGUUCACCAGCGGGCUGCUGCACUGGCGGGCGGGUGGAGGCGACUCCACCGCGCAUAUUCAAACCUACUUCGAACCGCGGAGCGAACCUCCAGCCUGGACGGGGGAGAAAAAGCUGAGAGAGAAGGCGGAAGACGAAAGCGAGCCGCCCGCCAAACACAUCACGGCGACCAUCGACGACGUCCUGUGCGCCCGGGUGGACGCCCUGUCCUCGGCGCACCCGGCCCGCUCCCUGCCCUCCUACCCCUUCCGGGUGCACCCGGACGGGGAGGAGGACCACAUCACCCUGCUGGAGGACGAGCCCCGCUGCCUGGACGAGGCCCCGCUCUGCACCGCCUCGGCCUGGCAGGACUCGCUGUCCCGCCGCUGCCUCUGCGUGUCCAACAUCGUCCGCGGCCUGUCCUUCGUCCCCGGGAACGACCUGGACAUGUCGCGCCACCCGUCCCUGGUGCUGCUCCUGGGGCGCCUGCUGCUGCUGCGCCACCUGCACCCGGAGCGGAACCGCGCGUCCCCGGGCUACCAGCGGGACGAGCGGCGGGAGCAGGGGCCGGCCGCCGGCGGCAGGGAGGAGUGGUGGUGGGAGUGCCUGGCCCUGCUCAGGGAGAACGCCAUGGUCACGCUGGCCAACAUCGCGGGCCACCUGGAUCUCUCCGCCUACCCGGACACCAUAUGCCUGCCCGUGCUGGACGGCCUCCUCCACUGGAUGGUGUGCCCGUCGGCCGAGGCCCAGGACCCCUUCCCGUCGGCGGGGGCGCACUCCCAGCUCAGCCCGCAGAGGCUGGCGCUGGAGUGCCUCUGCAAGCUGAGCAUCCAGGACGGCAACGUGGACCUCCUGCUGGCCACGCCGCCGUUCAGCCGGCAGGAGAAGCUCUUCGCCGUCCUGGUGCGCCACGUGGGCCAGAGGAAGGCGCAGGUGUACAGGGAGAUGGCGGUGGCCGUCCUGGCCCACCUGGCUCAGGGAGACCCCACGGCGGCGCGGGCCAUCGCCGUGCAGAAAGGCAGCGUGGCCAACCUGGUGGGCUUCCUGGAGGACGGCGUCGCCAUGGCGCAGUACCAGCAGAACCCCCACAGCCUGCUGCACAUGGGACACCCCCCCAUGGACCCGCCCAGCGUAAACAUGAUGUGCAGGGCCGCCAAAGGCCUGUUGGCCAUGGCGAAAGUGGAGGAGAACAAGACAGAAUUCGUGCUCUACGAAAGCAGAUUACUAGACAUCUCCAUUUCCUCGGUGCUCAACGCAGGAGUCGUGGCCAUUAUUUGCCAAGUUCUGUUUCACUUAGGGAAAUUAUGA